AUGCCAGUUCAUCGAUUUCAAGCCGGUUUAAAUAGUUCGGGCUCGAAAAAAACGCUGAAAAAAACAGCGUCGAAUUCCACGGAGCCAACGAACACCAAGGUGAACACACCGAAUGUUGCAAAGACUCCAUCUGGAACUGGAACAGGCACAAAAACUGUGUCAGGUAAAGGAAAUGGAACUCGAACUAAGACUAAAACUCAAUCGAAAACCAAUACAAAUGAUACAAAAUCACGAGAAGUUGGUGCAUCUAAGAGCAACGAAUUGGUUUUGAAAAAAGCGUCGGCAAAUAAAUUGAUGGCGGCAGCACCGAAAGAUGUGAGUUUUACAUAUCAUGUGAUUCGCCUAGUCGCGAAGGAUCAGGAAAACCAAUUAGUUUUCUGUGAUCCGCAUUUUGAGAGAAGUUAGGGGGAAUUUUUUUAAAAUUAGGUACUGUAGAAAGACAUUUUGUGCAUUUGUGCGUCACGGUGUUUGCGGGGCACGGAGUUUGUUUUCUUUUUCGCGAAACUUUCCACGUUUCGUUGACGAAAACGCGUUUUCGAAGGUUUAUAGGGGUUUUUCAAGGAGUUUUGAGUAUAUCAUAGGAUUUUUAGGAUAAUCGCCUUUUUAAGAUGAACUAGGGAAAAUAUUUGGCUUUUUAGAAAGCGGAAUUUUAGUUAUGAUAAAGGCGCAAAACAUGUAUUAAACGUGACGUGAAAUUGUUUUCGUUAUUUCCUCCUUAUUCUUGAGAAAGUUUUAUUUUUCCUUCUAAUAAAAUUUUUGCAGAAUGGAAAAUCGAAGAUUUCGGCGAAAGAAAAAGAACAAAAGAAAUUCGAGAACAAAAAGCUCACGCUAACCAAAGUCAAGCCGGUUGACACCAAAAAACUUGGAAUUAUCCCAAAAGUUCAAUUAAUCGAAGUAUCAACAGAUGAAAUUGGCAGAAUCGACACAAACAUUGAUAAUUUAUAUUAUUAUCACGGAUUUUUGGCGAGAGAAGAAGCCGAAUCAAUGUUAGAAAGUAAUGGUGAUUUCAUCAUUCGACAAACUGAAUUCAAUAAACAAGUCCAUUAUGUAAUCUCAGUUCUUUGGAACAAAUCACAUCGUCAUGUUCUUGUAAGAACAACAAAAACCAAAAAAUUAUAUUGGACAUCUGGAUAUGCAUUUAGAACAGUUGUCGAAUUAGCAACAUAUCAUCGAAGAAAUAAAAUACCUGUAUAUUUGGAUAUAAGUUUGGAAAAUGGUCUUGGAAAACACAGUUGGCAGAUCAAUCAUGAACAAAUAAAUCUUCGCGAAAAACUUGGCGAAGGUCAAUAUGGAGAGGUUCACAAAGGAACUAUGAAACUCGAUUUAAUGAGUAAAGAACUUGUUGUCGCUGUUAAGAAACUUCAUGAAAAUCAAUUUUCGAGUAAAGAAAAAGCAAAUUUUUUACAAGAGGCUCGUCUUAUGUUUUCGUUAAAACAUCCAAAUGUUAUUAGAUUGUAUGGUGUUUGCACAAUGAGACAACCAAUUAUGCUUAUUAUGGAAUUUUGUGAGAAUAAAUCGCUAGAAGAUAUGCUAACUUCAAAGCCUGGCGUGGAAUUCGAUCAAAAAUUGAUUUAUUUAUUUCAUGCUGCUUGUGGUUUGGAAUAUAUUCAUUCAAAGGAAACUAUUCAUCGUGAUAUUGCGGCCAGAAACUGUUUGCUGACCAAGAAAAAUGUGCUGAAAAUUUCAGAUUUCGGGUUGUCAUGUAAAGGUGUAACUAUCAAAGAGAAGAAAGGUGGUACUUUACCAUUAAAGUAAGAACAAUUUUAUAGAAAACUGUUGGAUUAUAUGUUUUCUAGUAAAUUUUGACACGUUGAUAACAAACCCCUUUUUAAAAAGAUUCUCAAUUCUAGAUACGAGUUAUGACGUGUUUAAUUUUACUAGAAAACAAAUAUAUGAUUAAAAAUUAGUUCUUUUGUCAUUAUUUGAAAAUAAAAAUAAUUUUUAAAGGUACAUGGCGCCGGAAACUCUGAAGCCUGGAAUUUAUAGUGCAGCAUCUGAUAUGUAUAGUUAUGGUGCACUGAUGUAUGAGAUUUUUCAUGAUGGUGGAAUUCCUUUCGAAAAUUCGACACUUGGCGGAAAUGCAUUGAGAAAAGCAAUUAUUGCUAAUAAGGUAUGGACGAAAAAGGAAAUGUGUGCUCUAGCGAACAAUUGUUUUUAUGCAGUUUUCGGCGGGGAGUAUUUUUUGAGUUUGAAAUCAUUUUGUAUUUUCACAGCUAAUUGAGAAAAAACAUUUUAAAUUUUGAUCCAAACAUUUCGGAGCUACAAAAUCGAUUUUUUUCAAUUGAAAUUUGAAAUGAGAACUUCUCAAGAAACAUUUAAAUAUCUCGCCACUAAAAAAAUCCCUAAUUUUUCCAGAUAAAACUCGACCUAAACAUGGACGGUCUUCCUCAAUUCAUUUACGAGAUAUUUGAACAUUGCCGAGAAUACGAUGCAAAUCAUCGCCUAACCGCCGCCGAUGUCAAAAACAUUUUCCGCGAAAAUAUCGACGUGAAUGACCCGGAAUUUGAUUCGUGGAAAGACAAAGUUUCGCACUUUUUCAAGCGAAUUGUAUUGAGGAAAACGAUUUAUAAAAAUCCGGACUCGAUGGCCGAAAAUCCACGCGAAUAUACAGCUGUUUCCAAGUGA